AAAGGUCCUUAGGGUGCAGGAUGUGUUUGAGGAUGUAACGUCACGGCGGUACACCGGUUUUGUUAGCCUGUUAGCAUUGUAUAUACCAAAAACGACCAUAAGAAAAACUGAAAAUAAAAAUUGUUUACGUGUUGGUUGGAGGAAAGUAACAGUGUAGAGGGGAUCAUGGCGACUGGUGCAGAUGUGAGAGACAUCCUGGAGCUGGCAGGAGGAGACAAUGAUACAGGACCGAUCAGCAAGAAGGACAUCAUCAACUCUGACAAGAAAAAGGUGAAGAAGAGCACAGAGACUCUGACGUUUAAGAGGCCAGAGGGAAUGCACAGAGAGGUCUACGCUCUGCUCUACUCCGAUAAAAAGGACGCUCCCCCCCUCUUACCCAGUGACACCACUCAGGGUUACCGCACAGUGAAGGCUAAACUCGGCUGUAAAAAGGUUCGUCCGUGGAAGUGGAUGCCCUUCACCAACCCGGCUCGGAAAGAUGGAGCCAUUUUCCACCACUGGAGACGAGCGGUGGAGGAGGGCAAGGACUACCCCUUCGCCCGCUUUAAUAAGACGGUGCAGGUACCUGUGUACUCUGAGCAGGAGUAUCAGAUGUACCUGCACGAUGACGGCUGGACUAAAGCAGAGACGGAUCACCUGUUCGACCUGUGCAAGCGGUUCGACCUGCGCUUCAUCGUCAUCCACGAUCGCUACGACCACCAGCAGUACAGAAAACGUUCUGUGGAGGAUCUAAAAGAACGUUAUUACAACAUUUGCGGGAAACUGACGAAGGUCCGCGCUCCUGCUGGCACCGAACCGAAAGUCUACAUCUUUGAUGCUGGACACGAGAGACGCAGGAAAGACCAGCUGGAGAGACUGUUUAACCGCACACCUGAACAGGUGGCAGAGGAAGAGUACCUGAUCCAAGAGCUGAGGAAGAUCGAGACGAGGAAGAAGGAGAGGGAGAAGAAAGCGCAGGACCUGCAGAAGCUGAUCACGGCGGCCGACAGCACGACCGAGAUGCGGCGAGGUGACCGCAAGGCCACAAAGAAGAAACCGCCACAGAAACGAGAGGCAGAGAAACCGGCUGUACCUGAAACGGCAGGAAUCAAAUUCCCCGACUUCAAAUCCGCUGGCGUUUCGCUGCGAAGCCAGAGGAUGAAGUUACCAAGCUCUGUAGGACAGAAGAAGAUCAAAGCCAUUGAGCAAAUCCUCACAGAGCAAGGAGUGGACCUGAACCCCAUGCCCACCGAGGAGAUAGUGGCGAUGUUUAACGAGCUGCGCAGUGACCUGGUCCUGGUGUACGAGCUGAAGCAGGCGCACAGUAACUGUGAGUACGAACAGCAGAUGCUGAGACACCGAUACGACGCUCUGCUCAAAGCGGGCGGAGCCGGGACACCCCACAGCAACGGCACCACCGGGCCCGACUCGCAGAGCUGGGCCGGAGUGGACGACAUCAAAACAGAACCCAAAGAACAGAUCAUCGACGUGGUCGGAGCGCCGCUCACACCCAACUCGGAGCGUCUGAGUAAACCUUCAGCCUGGAGAUUUCUAUCUCCGGUGCAAUAAACCGCACCUCCAAACAUCUACAGCAAAGUUUAUUAUCUUACACAUCAUACAUGUUGUUUAUUAUUACACACUGCUACACAAUUAUACACUAUUUCACAUGUUUUUACAUAAAGGGUGAUUUCAUGCUUUAUUACACACUGAAUACAUACUUUAUUACAUGCUUAUAUACUAUUAUAAUGUUAUUACACACUAGUUACACACUAAGUUGUACACUAUUACACAUGAUUUUACAUACAGGGUGAUUACAUUCAUUAUACACACUAAUAACACAGUAAUUACACAAUAUACAUGCUUUAUCACACUAUUGUAAUGUUAUUCAACACUAAUUACACACUAUUACAUGCUUAUACACACUAUUAUAAUGUUAUUACACACUAAUGUACUUCGAUUUAUAAGUUAUGGUCUUGCAUGAUAUUAAAUGCAAAGUCAAGUUAUUUAUUAGUUAUUAAUAAUUGUUUUUUGCUGGUUUUGCAAUGUUAUUACACAGUUAUUACACAGUUAUUACACACAAAUUAUCAUUUCCAUGUAAACAGUGUGUUAGAGGAGAUUUAUUUUAGCUGGUGGACUGUUUCUUGACUCAGCAGUGACACUGAUGCGUACUCUCAUACCUGAAACGCACACACACACACACACCGUGAGAAUAACAACCAUGUGUAUGUAAGAGCUGUUCCUCUGACGUGGUGCUUCACUCUUCU